GGUUGUGUCAGUCAGUCGAUCGAUGGUGCCGCUGCUGAGCAGAACAACGGGCGAAAAGAUUUGUAAAUUGGCACCACGGAGAGAAUUAACUCUUGAAUUAAACCUAAACCGUCAGGAGGAAUAAACUUGUGCCAGGCCCUACACACUGAGUGUAACUCAGGGCAGCAGCGAUGUCGGGCUCUUAUGAUGACUCCAUGAUCGAUGUCUCCAGUGAUAGCUUCUGGGAGGUCGGUAACUACAAACGAUCGGUGAAACGGGUAGACGAUGGCAACCGACUCUGCAAUGAUCUUAUGAGCUGUAUUCAUGAGCGGGCACGUAUUGAAAAGGCCUAUGCACAGCAGCUCACAGAAUGGGGGAAACGCUGGCGGCAGCUCAUCGAUAAAGGCCCUCAGUAUGGUACGUUGGAGCGGGCGUGGUCCGCUCUGUGCACAGAGGCAGAGAAAGUGAGCGAGCUCCACAUGGAGGUGAAAGCAGCACUGAUGGGAGAAGACUACGAGAAGCUGAAGAACUGGCAGAGAGACUCGUACCACAAACAGAUGAUCGGUGGCUUCAAGGAGACUAAAGAGGCUGAUGACGGCUUUCGCAAGGCUCAGAAACCCUGGGCCAAGAAACUCAAAGAGAUGGAGACGAUGAAAAAGGCUUAUCACUCUGCCUGCAAAGAAGAGAAGCUGGCAGCCAGCAGGGAGAAUAACAGCAAACUGGAGAGCAACAACAACCCCGAAGCCCAAAAGAAGCUCCAGGAAAAGGUGGAGAAGUGUCAGCAGGAGGUGCAGAAGACUAAAGAACGCUAUGAGAAAUCUCUUGAAGAACUCGACAAGUUGACCCCUCAGUAUAUGGAAAACAUGGAGCAGGUGUUUGAGCAGUGGCAGCAGUUUGAAGACAAACGAAUCCGCUUCUUCAAAGAGCUGUUGCUGGAGGUUAAACAGCAUCUCGAUCUGUCAACCAAUCACAGAUUCCAGACAGUCUACCACACGCUGGAAGACACAAUCUCUGCUACUGAUGCUGAAGACGACCUGAAAUGGUUCCGGUCCAAUCAUGGCCCUGGCAUGCCGAUGAACUGGCCCCAGUUUGAGAACUUGGACUGGUCCAAUCCUCGCUCCUUUAAGAGAAGGUCCAUUGUAGACUGGUCCAUAGACCUCAACCGAACCCUCAGCAGACGAGAAAAGAAGAAGCCGUCGGAGGGCGUCACGCUGACAGGCAUCAGUCAAACUGGGUCAGACCAGCCCGUUCAGCCUGCCAAGACCAGCAGCAGCCUGACUGUGCCCACUAACACAGCACCAGUGGGCUUAAACCCCUUUGACGAGGAUGACGAAGAUGAGGAGGAGGAGGAGACAACGGCAGUGGAGCAGCAGACAACAGUCAACCACAUCAGUGUGAAUAAAGAGGAAAUAAAAACUGCAAGCAGUAUGGAGAAGACUCCAGACUGGUCAGAUGAAGACACAGGUGGUAACCCUUUCUCUGCCAACGGUAAUGGGAAUCCAUUUGAGGACGAACCAGCCUCUCCGGUCAUAUCUGUGCCGGUCAGAGCCCUCUAUGACUAUGAAGGACAGGAGCAGGACGAGCUGACCUUCAAAGCAGGGGAUGAGUUCACCAAAAUUGGCGAGGAAGAUGAUCAGGGUUGGUGCAAAGGCCGUCUCAAGGAUGGACAAAUAGGCCUCUAUCCUGCUAACUACGUGGAAGACAUCCAGUAGUGAUUCAUCACAAAUGAAUUAAUGUGAAGAAAGAGGAAAGUGGGGUGUUGCGAAAUGACAGUGCGGCUGGAAACGAGGAGGCUCUGCCUUAUGUUUGACCCUUUUCUCCCUGUCAGUGAAGACUGGACCGGUGUUGGAGCAGGAUGGAGAGGAGAAGUUGCAGAUUAUUAAAGGACCACUUGAAACGUUGCUUGCCACAGAUUGACAGCGCAAAGAUGGAAAUAAAAGUUUCCAGAUGAUUCCAGGCGAAGAAGAAGAUCAGAGAGAGAAAUUGCUGUCAGUGUAAAAUAUGUUAUUUAGAAUCCCAUUUAUGCUGUUAAAAAAAAUAAUAGCCUUUUCAAGUAUAUAUUAGAUAAAAACUAUGUGUGAAUUUAUAUAUUGUUUAAAGAAAACACUGGGAUGACACUCUGACAAAUCGUCUUGCGAUGUUACAUGCAGCCUUAAAUAUGCAAGCCACUAUGGAUUCAUUAAGGGAGACAACCCUUUUUAUAACCAUUAUCUAUUUUAGGUUUGAAACAAUUUCUGCCUGAUAGAAUCCAGUCCAUUGAUGUUAAUUGUUAGAUUCUUUUUGGACAAAUCAGGCCCUUAUGUUGAGAUUAUUGUGUCAGAUUUAACCGGAUUUUAAAUUAGUGCUUACAUUGUUCUGUCAUUCCUUUCAGGGUUCUGUUUUUCUGGUUAUUUUAUAAGGAAUGGUAAAGAUCAGCUGAGCCUCAUCCUGAUGUAGACUUCAUCUAGUUCACAGUGGGUGGGUUCCUCGAGUCACUGCAAUUGAAUGUAUAUUCACUGAUUGUAUUUUUUCACUUACUGAUUGUUCACUUUUGCGACCACUGAACCAUUAACCCCCCCUGAACAAACUGUUGUUAAGCUUUUCACACACUCUCUACUUUCUGUCGAUUGUAGAUUUAAUACAUUUUUUUUCUCAUGCAACACUGAAAGGUUUUCACAAACGUUUAUCUCACUUGAAUCUCCAUGUUUGAAUUCUCUCACUUGUUAAAUGUCAAGUUAUGGGAGAGUAUUUUAGUGUUUGUUGCUUUUUUCUUUUUUGAAAAUAUAUUACAAUUUAUAGCAAUAAAACCACAGCCAAGUAUGGCGUCGCAUACACACGUGUAAAUAGCCUGGAUGAAACAGAACAAAUUAAACAUCGAUAUCAGACGAUGUGUAGUUGGAGAGUGAUGAUUGUUAAUUUAUGAUGCCACAAGUGCUUUUGUUCUACUCUCGUUAGAAUGCUGUGACUGAGAAUCAGUUUGUAUAGUGAUUGAAUGUUUUAUGGCAAAUAUCCCUUCAAUCUGUUAUUUUGGUAUAUUUGUAAAUAUAAUUAUUUUCCCAACACAGAGGGCCACACUCAUUGAAUCAAUCAACAAAUAUGUGUCAAGAGCUACGACAUGAAUUUAUAAUAUUGUUCUGAUCAUCAAGUAUUUUGUUGCCUUGAGAAGAACUGCAGGCUUUUCACUUGUGCAAGCUCUAAAUUGUAAUUGAUGAAAAUCAUUGAAAGCAAAAGCUACUUGAUGCCCUUGCCUGCAGCAUGAGAGGAAGAUAUGUUGUCUUUAAUAAUGGUGAGAAAGGAGACGUUUUGCUAUGUUUUCAGGGCGUGCUGUCGUCAAAACGCAGCAGCAGCUGUACUUGCACAGUAAGGUUUGUAAAUGUUGUCCCACAACGUAAUAAAUGAAUUUAUUCAAAAACA